UCAGGUGUAGCAGCCUUUGAUGUGGUUUGAAGAUGUUCACUCGGCUUGUUAUAUCAUUAGUACUCAUUGGGAAGCUGAAGUGUGUGACCAGUGAUAGUAACACAACAGGUGCACAAUGUAGUCCAACUACAGACGGUACCAAGCGAUUCGGAACUGGCUGUAAAUACGCAUGUCACUGCAUCAACAAUGAACAAUUUAAUUAUACUACUGGUGAAUGUGGCUCAGGAUGUGACUUUGAAUGGGUGGGACCCAGCUGCCAGUAUAAAAAUAUUGCACAUGCGGAGUUAUCUCGUCAAAUCGACAAUAUAUAUCCUGCAGAGUACUCGUACCUAGCUAAUGAUAACAAUUCAUCCACGUGCAGUUUCACUGACAGUGCUGUUCCUGAAGAAAGACUGGCAACAAGAACGGUUGCACCUUGGUGGUCGCUUUGGUUGCCCUACGAUGCAACUUUCAGAAAGCUCUUGUUUGUUACCAGACGCAAUUACUCGUGUAAGACCUCAUAUUUUCCAUUCUUUAAGGUAACUGUACAUAAUAUUUCGUUGUCCGACUUCACAAACUUUGUAUAUCGUACCAAUGGAGUAUCGUGUUACCAACAUGACGACUACAUUCCCCAAGAUGCAACGUUCAAAGUCAAUUGUACUGGUGCACCGGUAGGAAAUCAAAUACGACUUCAACUUGCAAACAUGUCCACACAACUUGUACUCUGUGACUUCAGAGUAUACGGAGAAUGUAAGGAUCGGACAUGGGGUAUAGCUUGUAAUGAGUGCGGAUUCUGCAAAGAUUUCUCACAAUGUGAUGCAACCAAUGGCAGCUGUCUGUCAGGAUGUGAGCCAGGGUAUAUACCACCUUUAUGCAGCAAAGCAAACACUAACCAGACGGGGUGUGACUGUACUGACGGGUACUACUGCGAGAACACUUAUGAAUAUCCAACAAUAUGUCCAACUGGCCAUUUUUGCGUGAAUGGUUUAAAGUCACCGUGCUCAGCGGGGACUUUUACCAAUAACAGCGGUUCAGCACAGUGUGAACAGUGUACACCAGGAUAUUAUUGUCCAAAUCUGGGCCUAUCUACUGUAACAGAUGUAUGUUGGAUCGGACAUUACUGUCCUGAAGGAGCUGUUGUACCUUCGCCUUGUCCAAAUGGAUACUAUCAGACUGACACAGGGAAAUCGGACUGUAUUAUAUGUCCUGUCAAUUUUUAUUGUAAUCAAACGGAAGCAGAGGCGGAAAAACAAAGUGGAACCUCUAAACCAACACAUGGAGUAGUUACUCCAAAGGAAUGCCAACCAAAGAGAUGCCUCAAACCAGGAUUGUCAGGAGAAUUGGAUCCAUUUGAAAUCGGCGGACUGAGUAUAAGUAUUAGUUGCAAACCUAGCUGUAGACAACAUAUGACGCCAUUCACUGAUCUAAAGUUCAUGGCAAACUGUGACGGCUGUGAAAAUGAGGUAUCUUCGUACCAGUGGUCAAUCAGAGAGUGUUUUAGUGAAGUUAUACAGGAGUGUGAGCAUUACGUCAACUCUGUGACAUUCCUCACCGAGUCUACAGGAUACUAUACCGCGAUACCUCACAAUGAUAAACAGAACUGGACGUAUAUUGCAGUCGUUGUAAAGGGAUACAGUUCAUCUGAUAUGUAG